AUGGAAAUUGGUGAAAUUUUUGGUGGUGCUGGUUUAUGUGAACAAGCUGUGCAGUGCUAUGUCCGGGUUCGUAAUUUGGCUACAAAUCUGUAUUUUGUUAGAAAAACAUUUGGCCGCUUGGGCCAAGACUAUCAGCACAGCUCAUACAAAUUGUGCGAUAUGCUAAACGAAGCACUGGAUAUAUGUAUAAAACUGAAUCAAUGGGAAUAUGCUGUUCAGCUAUCAAAAACACACAAUCUUCGUGAUGUUGAUCCGCUACUUAGUCGAUAUGCGGAAGAACUAACCGGAAGCAAUGAGAAGACUCUGGCUGCUGUUCAGCUUUAUCGACGAGCCGGAAAAUAUCUACAGGCAGCUCGCACUGUGUUUGAUGUAUGUAUUAUAAGACAGUUCUUUCUUUAG